AUGUAUUAUUCUAUCAUUAUUUCAUUAAUUGAGGUUGUAUUGGUAUUAGUUCCUGCCCUUUUAGGUAUAGCUUAUGUUACAAUUGCGGAAAGAAAAACUAUGGCAAGUAUGCAAAGAAGAUUAGGUCCUAAUUUCGUAGGUUAUUAUGGACUUCUUCAAGCCUUUGCCGAUGCUUUAAAACUAUUAUUAAAAGAAUAUGUAGCACCAACACAAGCUAACAUAAUCUUAUUCUUUUUAGGUCCUGUUAUUACAUUAAUUUUUUCUCUUUUAGGUUAUGCAGUAAUACCUUAUGGACCUGGUCUAGCUAUUAAUGAUUUUAGCUUAGGUAUUUAUUAUAUCUUAGCUGUAUCUUCAUUAGCCACGUACGGUAUACUAUUGGCUGGAUGAAGUGCUAAUAGUAAAUAUGCUUUUUUAGGAUCCUUAAGAAGUACAGCUCAAUUGAUUAGUUAUGAAUUAGUUUUAAGUUCUGCUAUACUUUUAGUAAUUAUGCUAACUGGAAGUUUAAAUCUUAGUGUUAAUAUAGAAUCUCAAAGAGCUAUUUGGAAUAUAUUUCCAUUAUUGCCUGUAUUUAUUAUAUUUUUUAUAGGUUCUGUUGCUGAAACAAAUCGGGCUCCCUUUGAUUUAGCUGAGGCUGAAUCAGAACUUGUUAGUGGAUUUAUGACAGAACAUGCUGCAGUAGUUUUUGUAUUCUUUUUCUUAGCUGAAUACGGAAGUAUUGUUUUAAUGUGUAUACUUACAAGUAUUUUAUUUUUAGGGGGUUAUUUGUCAAUAAAUAGUUUAGAUGUCUUUAAUUUUUUUUAUUCUAUCCUUUUUAAUAUAGGAUUUAUUGAUUUUAAUUUUUUUAAUAUAUUUUAUUAUUUCUAUAAAGAAAUUUUUGUUAAUAAUUCUAUUAUAGAAGGAUUAAUAUAUGGAUUAACUAUAGGAUUAAAAAGUUCUAUUUUAAUAUUUUUUUUUAUAUGAGUAAGAGCUUCUUUUCCUAGAAUACGUUUCGAUCAAUUAAUGGCUUUUUGUUGAACGGUUUUAUUACCUUUAUUAUUUGCUUUAAUUGUUUUACUUCCUUGUAUAUUAUAUAGUUAUAAUAUUUUACCUGUUAAUGUUUUAUAG